AUGACAACCACACUUGAAACGAUAAGCCCGGCAAACCCGCGCAUGCGGCUGACCAGCCCCGAGGUACCUGGAACACUAGGCGAGGAAAGCUCACCCCUGACACAGGAACACAUAUUCACCAACCUGCGGCUGCGCAGAAUUGUGCGCGAAAACCACAACAACACAGUCGCCCAGCUAUCGCUCAUGUACUACCGGCCGUGCGAUCUGGGGCUCAACGGCCACGGAACCGGCGGCAUGCCCGCAUACGAGCGGUCCUUUGACAAGCGAGGCGGCGCCAUUCGCGACGCCAACGAUAAUAGCAAUCUUUUGGGAACAGUUGGGCACAUGCAGGCGAACAUCUAUGAUAACGAGAACUGCGGUGACCAUCUAGAUAUCAUGUCGCAUUAUCAAUUGGCGCCAGGAGCCACUACGUCGCUGCGUACGUGUUGCUGGGUGCGGUCACCAGGCGACGCUCUGUUUGCCAUUGCCGGUGAUGACACUUUGGUGCAUAUUAUUAGCUUGGCAUGGAACCGCGAAAUCCGUGUUUUGCGCGGUCACGUUGCAGCUAUUGUUGAUCUGCAGCCUCACCCGACCGACAACAGGCUUCUGGCAUCGGUUGGAAGCGACCAGACCGUGCGCAUCUGGUCGUUCAAACGGGCGACGUAUUUCCACCCGGAUGGAACUCACUUAUUCACAGGCACGGCCUCGGGAGAGGUGUAUCGGUGGUCGAUCCCCGAUUUAAAUGGAAAAUACAAUGGACCGCUCACAUUUACAAUAGAUGACAGCUCUCUGGUUAUGCCUGGGAAAAAAUAUGCCGGAUCAGCCAUCGACUGCAUACGGUUUGCAAAGUCCAACUUGGUGGUUAAGAAUACCUCCGGCCGCAUAGAUUACUGGGACCUGGACUCGCUCUCGCUAAUAAGGGGAUUCAACGUGCGACACCACGGAAUUAUCAUCUCGCGCUUUGACGUGAGCUAUGACGACGAGUAUCUGUGCGUUGGCAACAGCAGGGGGAAGGUCUAUGUAUAUGGACUAGACAGCGGAAGGAUCGUGAGCCACUUGGCGCACAAGCGAUCGGUGCGCCCGGUCACAUGCUGCUUGUUUUCGCGCGACUGUCGCAGUGUGAUCUACGCGGGCGAGGGUGGCUUCUUGUGGCGAUAUGACUAUGUUGACGACGAGACGCUCGCAGAGUGGGAGAAGCCCGAUGAGAGCGCGUCUGACGACAGCUCCAUGGAGUAG